AUGCAGUUGCGACGUGUAUUGUAUUUUCUGGCUCUAAUUAUGAGUGUUGCCUCAGUUUGCGUGGCGACAGGUGCAGCUGGAAACUCCGGGACUUCUUCUUCUGCAUCUUCUAACUCUGCUGAUGAAUGUCCUCCUCCUCCUGAAUCUGAUGCUGGUAUUGUUCGUGAUACUCCUCGUGAUCCUAAUACUGUUUGUGCUGCUCAACGUCCUGCUGCUGGGGGUAAUGGGAGUGGCGGUACUGCAUCUGCAGAGAGUGGGACAACAAGUACACAAAAAGGUAAUACAGAGAGCAGCAGUAUCAGCAGUUCUGUGUGGAUGCGUGUGUCUCUAUUGAUUGUGGUUACACUGGCCUGUAUUCUUGUGUGCUGA